AUGUCCUUCUUCUCCUCGUGGUCCUCCUCCGCCGCGGAGUACGACGAGCAGCCGGCGUGGCAGCUGGCGGGCUGGGCGUCGAUCCAGCUGAGCCGGGACGACCGUCUGCGCCUCAUCAACUUCCCGGCGGCCAUCACCGAUGUCGUGCGCCAGGCCAUCUACGCCAGCUGGCCCAAGGGCAUCGACGGCGAAAAGGACCUGUCCGACUGGGGCGCCGGCUGCUGGGAGUUCAAGCUCGGCGGAUACCCUUGGGAGGGGCAGGGCAGCGAAGCCGUGCCCUCGAAGCAGAUGAUGUGUGAGAUCCUGCAGGAGCUCAGCCGCUACGGGUGGCACAUUGCCGUCGCGACCGACCUCAGCAAGAAGGAGUACGACAAAGACACGCUGAUCAUGCGCGCCGGCCCGCCCGUCUAUCGCGAGGUCUUCGCCGUCACCUUCAAUGAGUGGGACAAGAUGCGCCUCAUCGACGCGCCCAACGAGGACGUCCACAACGCCUACCUCAGCGCCGCUCACUUGUGGCCCCAGGGAAUCCAGGACGCCAAGGAGAAGGACGGCUCGUACCAGUUCAAGCUGCGUGGCAACCCCUGGGCUACGAGCGACGGCAUGGAAGUCGUGCAUGCGCGCGUGCUCGCCAUGCACAUCAUCGCCAAGUUUGACGCACUCGGAUACGAGCUCAUGACCACCAUGGACAUGAACUCGGGCUACGGCGACUCGGGCGACAGUGCGUGUGAGUGA